UAUUAAGUCACAGUUCAGCUGGAAUAAUCGUGUUAAUUAGUUUUGGUGAAGAAAUUAGUUAAUAUAAUAAAGAGUUAAUAAAAUUAAUAGUAUGAUAUCAAUAAAAUUAUUGAUAUCGCUAGUUUUAGUUAGUGAAAUUUGUCAUAUUCAUGGCUAUACACAAGUAACAAAUGAUCCCGGAGACUUACGACGAAUUGUUCGCUCUCCAUAUGGCGGUGGGGGUGGUGAUAAAGGAGGAGGAUUAUUUGGAGGUGGGGGUGGUGGAGGAGGAGGUGGUAUAGGAGGAGGAUUUGGAGGUGGUUUUGGAGGGGGAUUUGGUGGUGGAUUAGGAGGAGGGGGUGUAGGUGGUGGAAGUUAUGGUGGAGCAUUAAAAGGAGAUGGAGGCUCCGGAUGUACAAGUGGUUGUGGUAAUACUGGCGGGCAUGGUGGUCUAGGUGGAUUGGGUGGGGGUGGAGGACUUGGUGGGGGAGGUGGAUUUGGAGGAGGUGGUGGUUUGGGAGGUGGCGGUGGGAAAGGAGGAAAUUAUGGCGGAACUGGUGGAAAUGGCGGUGGAUUGGGAGGUGGCUUGGGAGGAGGUGGAGGUGGUGGCCUAGGAGGAGGAUAUGGUGGAGGAAAAGGAAAUGGUGGUAUUUAUAAUGGUGGUGGACAUGGUGGCCAAGGAGGAGGUCUUGGAGGAGGUUUAGGUGGUGGCCUCGGUGGCGGUGGAGGCUUAGGAGGUGGUAAUUAUGGAGGUGGAAAAAGUCAUGGAGGCAGUGGUGCAUUUGGAGGAAGUGGUGGAUAUGGAGGAGGUCUUGGUGGAGGAAAAGGAAUUGGCGGUGGUAAAGGACUUGGAGGUGGUAAUUACGGAGGUGGUCAUUCAGGAGGUGGUAACCUUGGCGGUGGAAAUUACGGCGGAAGUUUAGGAGGCGGUGGAGGAUUUGGAGGUGGUCUUGGUGGAGGAAAAGGAAAUGGCGGUGGUAACUACGGAGGUGGUCAUUCUGGAGGAGGUGGCCUUGGCGGUGGUAACUACGGAGGAAGCCUUGGAGGUGGUGGAGGCUUCGGAGGAGGUGGAGGCUUAGGAGGAGGUGGAGGCUUAGGAGGCGGUGGAGGACUAGGAGGAGGUGGAAGCCUAGGUGGCGGUCAUUCAGGCAGUGGUGGUAAUUACGGAGGAGGCAAUUCAGGCGGUGGUGGCCUAGGAGGAGGUGGAGGUGGAGGCUUAGGAGGAGGAUUAGUUGGAGGAGGUAAAGGUGGAUUGGGAGGUGGUGGAUGUACGACAUGUUCUGGAGGCGGCGGUGGAAGUGGUAGUUUUUCAAGUAGUCACUCUUCAAGUUCUAGUGGAUCAUUUGGUUCGGGAUCGGGAUCCCAUAGUCAGUCAAAUGCCUCAAGUGGGAGCGGUUCAAUUGGUUAUGGCAAAAAGUGAAUAUUAGUAGGGCCAGUACCUAUAGAUAAUUUUAUUGAAUUAUGUCUAUUUUUAUAAUCAUUUAUUUGUAAAAACGAAAUUUAUCAAAAUAUG